AUGGAAAUGGCUGAAGAUGCUGACAGGGCGCUCCGUGACACUUACAAACGAAUCAAGGUGUACUAUGACCCUGCUGAGCUGCCCUAUCUUGUGAGGGACAUACGGCCCUCUGUCUCCUAUGACACUGUGCCCAAGUACAUUGGCUACUCGGCGAUCGAGGAUAUGGACGGUGGGUUCCCCGGUGUGGAGGUGACUAAGCAUACAGUGCCGGUGAAGACUGACCUCAGCAGGAAAGGGGCCACACUGGGUAGUCAGGUGUUCCUGAACCCGAGGUUUCUGCUGCACAACCAUGUCUCUGGUGAUGAUGACUACGAGAUUGAGCGCAUGAAGAAGAGGAUAUUUGACGCAAGUCCGCUGGCGAACAACCCGCUGUCGCUCACCAGGUCUAAGAAGUCGGUGUUCAACUACACCGCCGACGGGAAGAUCAUACGGUCGGACUACCCGACCAAGCCGGUCUUUGUCAACAAGAUCAUCAUCAGGUCUCGUACUAAUGUGCAUUGGGAUGAGAGAUGGGCACAGCGGAAGUCGAAAAUCGAGUACAAUAUGGAACACAAGGACGAGAAAUUCAUGUACCCUGAUAUCUUGUUCCCAGAAGUAAAGGAGAAACCCCUGAUCAUGGGUGAUGACUUUGUACCCAUCACUAAAGAGCAAAGAAGAAGAAAUAAGAUACUGACUAUCAAGCAAGCUCACCCUACUUUGCCAAGAACUGUGGUGUGCUACAUAUCGGGACGAAGACACACUUGGGCAGGGCUGGACUGGGCUGUCCGAAGUCUGGCUGAGAAUGACCAUCUUGUCAUUGUUGCAACUAUUCCUAAGAUGACCUCCCAUAGAGACCAAGAACCUGAGGUAGAUGGCACAUGGGUAUCCGGUUACACUUUCGAUGAAAUUGACACAAUCAUAUCAGACUUAUUUGAAUAUAUAAAAGUGAUUAAGCCGGUCCAUAAGGCAUUGAAGGUCACCAUUGAAAUCUCCAUCGAGCGUACCAAGGGAGCCCUAAUAGAUGCUAUCAAUGUUUAUUCUCCGGACUUCUUGAUCUUGGGUACACUUAAAUGGCAACGUUAUGAAAAUCUUGUUAGCUAUAGGGGGAAUAACAUGGUUGAUAAACUUUGUACUACAUUCCCUAUACCCACAUUCAUUGUACCGGCUAGGCGUUUAUUUAUGUUAGAGAAAGAAAUUGAAGAAGAAACACUCACAAAAUUAAUUUCUGACAAUACCAAAAAGGCUGUUACACCAGAAAAUGAAGAAAUUGAGUAUCCUAGAAGUCCCAAAUUAGUGUCUACAGACUCCUUUGGGUUUUGGUCUAAAAAUGAACAAAAAUUAUUAGAUGAAUCUUACUCGAUUUCAACAAAGGAUAAGCUAGAGAAGAGACAAGAAAGUUUUACAUCAUUAACUACUCACGAGUCCGAGGAUUCAUUAGCUAUUGAGGAUGAUGACGAUAGAGAUUCCAAUCUGCUGGAAAGUACAGAGAGUAUUGUUUCCAAACUGAAGUCUAUUGCAAUUACGAAUAGAAAAAAUAUGAUGGCGGAUCUUGAAGAGUUUGAUAAUGAACAUAGUAAUAUAAACACGAAAGAAAACCAGUUAGCCAAGGUAUCCUUGAUAAUCAAGCACUCUCUGAAUUCAUCCAAUACAAUCAAAAAUCUAACUCAAAAUUUAGAUGAGGAGAAUCGUGGAUUUGCGGUACUACAAAAAGUUAUUACUGGUACUGGCACUGUUGAAUCUCGCCCUAAGUUCUCAAUGGUAGAUGCAGUGAGAGUGAAUGGCAAAAUACCUGGCGAAAGCUCUGCUAAGAAACGCAGAUCACAGAUUAAGUUUGCAUCCAAUGUCAAACCAACAGAUGGUACCGCCGGCCUAGGGACUCCUCGUAUUGUAGGUCCAACUGGUGAAUCGCAGUAUAGUGGAGGUACCUCCCCAUUACGAACCGUCGAUUCUAACGAAUCGGCAUUAACAUUUGCAUCUAAUGGUAGUAAAAUAUCUAAGCAUGGCAGGAGCAGCAGUUUUGGUACUCAUAGUGUGAAUAAUGGCUUCCUCAGUGUGAAGAGAAACUCCAUGAGUGACCAAGUUAGUUUCCGCUCGGCAGAUCACGCGCCUAAGUUAUUAACCAAGAAAACAUCAAAAAGUAACGACAAGUCUAAGGAUAAGAAAGACUCUAAGAAGUCCUCUACUAAGAAGAAGCUAGGUAAAUUAUUUAGUUUUGGUAACCUUUGA